CCAACAUGGCUGCGUCCAUAGCAAAAAUCUGCUGUUAUGCAUCGCAGCAUGGAUCCUGUACUCUACUAAAGCGAUGGCGUAUUGGCCUCACACUCACAUCUAAAUUUCACUAUUCUUCCUCUUUACACAACGGACUGCUGCUCUCCUUACACAAACGCGGCAUUUUGAAGGACUCGUUCCCAGAAAAGGCAGCGCAGGACCAGCUCCCCAGAUUGCUCCAGUCCAAUCCUCAGACUAUUUACUGCGGCUUUGACCCCACGGCCGACAGCCUUCACGUGGGCAAUUUGCUGGCUAUCAUCGGUCUUCUACACUUUCGAAGCGCCGGGCACCACGUGCUGGCCGUAGUCGGAGGGGCAACGGCACAAAUCGGGGAUCCGAGCGGGAAGACGACCGAGCGGGAACGGUUGAGCCCGGACGUGGCAGAGGCGAACACCCACGGAAUCCGAGAGAGCAUACAGAGGAUUUUCACUAACCACGAGGUGUAUUUUCAUGAUAGCUCCAGGACGCUGGGCACGGUGACUGUACUGAACAACCUGAGCUGGUAUAAGAGCUGGGAUGUGGUGGGCUUUCUGUCGGAGGUCGGUAGGCACUUAAGGAUGGGCACCAUGCUCAGCCGCCACAGCGUGCAGUCCCGGCUGAAGAGCGCAGACGGUAUGAGCCUGACAGAGUUUACCUACCAGGUGUUCCAAGCUUAUGACUUCUACCACCUGAACCAAAUAUACGGCUGCAAGAUUCAGAUCGGAGGCACCGACCAGCUGGGCAAUUUGAUGUCUGGCCAUGAAUACAUUCACAAAGUGAGCGGUGAGGAGGUGUAUGGCCUGACCAUCCCAUUGGUGACCAGCUCUGUCGGGGACAAGUUGGGGAAAACUGCAGGGAAUGCAGUUUGGCUCAACAGAGACAAGACAUCACCUUUUGAACUCUACCAGUUCUUUCUCCGACAGCCUGAUGCCAGCGUGGAGCGGUACCUAAAGUUGUUCACCUUUCUGCCUCUGGCAGAGGUGGAGAAGCUGAUGGAGCAGCAGAGAGAGGAUCCAAGUAAACGCCUCGCACACAAACGUCUGGCUGCAGAAGUGACCAAACUGGUGCAUGGGAAGGAGGGCCUUGAGAGCGCCAAGAGAUGUACCAAUGCGCUGUAUCACAGCAAUGUGCAGGCCUUGGAAGAAAUGAGUGAUGAGGAACUUCAGGAGCUUUUUAGGGAGGCUCCUUUCCAUGAACUGCUGUUGGAGCCAGGCACCACUGUGAUAGAUGCCUGUCGCAAGGCCAACGCCAUCCCUGAUGGGCCCAGAGGGUAUCAGAUGGUUUCAGAUGGGGGAGUGUGGAUCAACCACAAGCGGGCCGACAAUCCGGAGCAGGUGCUUGUCCCCAAACUCCACAUCCUGUCGAAUGGACUAUCCCUGCUCAGAGUGGGCAAGAGGAACUUCUACAUCGUCAAAUGGCUCGGUCUGUGAGGCUGCCUGAUCAAGCGGGGGGGGCCUGUAAACUGUAAUGGACAUUACGGGGAAGGUAGGCAACCAAACCUCAGCAGGGGACAGUAAACUUUGAUGGACUGAUAUAUUUAUUAGAAGGCGUUCCCUGAUUUUCUGUGGUGGUAAUAUUAAUAUGCACAUGUAAAUACGUAUUCAUCUAAAUAUGUUGUAUUAAAAAGAAUUUCAUGAAAA